AGCUAAGCAAGCACAGCUCGCCUCCCAACCAAGACUCUCUCAGCUGUCUCUUUCCAUCUGUCUCUUUUCUUCCUCCUCCCAUCAGUUCCUUCUCUCACCAGCUUCCACAACCACAACUUCUCUCAAGCUUUCCUUCCUUCAUAUAAACACCUCUCCACCUUGCACUCCUUGUUCCCAUCUGAGUCCUAUUGGAAAUCAAGGAGCAGAGAUGGGCUUUGUCAUAGUCAUCUCCCUCCCUCUGAUCAUCUUUGCCAUCUUGCUCGGCUUUGGCUGCUACUUCUUUGGGAAGACGAAGGGGAGGCAGGAAGCGCGCGCCGGCGUGGGCGCACAAGUCUAUGGUGUUCCCCAGCCCCCACCAGGCGCCAUUGAGUCCUCAUCUCCAACCCAUGAGAAGAAGGAAGGCCCAGAUAAUGUCUGAGAGCUUGCAAGGAAAGAGGAGAGCCGGU